AUGGGGGGCUCCAGCUCCAAGGUGAAAACGGGCUCCGCCCACCGGGAGCGUAUUGUGCUUUUUGGGGACUCCCUCACGCAGCAGUCCUUCGCCCCCAAUGGCUGGGGCGCCGCGCUGGCGGACGCCUAUCAGCGCCGGGGGGACGUGCUGAACCGCGGCUAUAGCGGCUACAACACCCGAUGGUGCUUGGAGAUGUUGAAACAUGGUGGAGGCAUCAUGCAAGAUGCGGGGCCCGAUGACACCACACGGUUGGUGACGAUCUUCCUGGGCGCCAACGAUGCCUCCUUGUUGGAGGAGAAUCCCAAGCAGCACGUUCCCAUCGAGGAAUACAAAUCGAACCUCCGGCAGAUCGUCGCCAUCGCGCGCGAACGCGCGCCCUCUGCGAAGAUCCUGAUGAUUUGUCCCCCACCGGUGUGCCAUAGCCAACGCCUGGAGUGGCAGAAGGCACGCUUCAAGGAUGAGGCCACUGGACGAUUGGAGCGGACCAAUGAGAACUCGGGUCUCUACGCCACGGCAGCUGAAGCGGUGGCCUCAGAGCUGUCGUUGCCCUCGCUGAACCUGUGGAAGAUCAUGCAGGAGGAGAGCAGUUGGCCAGAAUACCUGUCGGAUGGGCUGCACUUCUCAGAGAGAGGCAACAUCUUCGUGGGGAAGAAGUUGUUGGAGAAGAUCUUAGAGGUUUUGCCCGAGUUGGCAGUGGUACCAUGCAAGUACACUGGGCAGUAUGGCAAUUCGGGUUCGAGCUGCUCUGGCAUCGUCACAGACAGCCCCUGGUGGGAGGACAUCGAUCCGGAAUGUCCGGAGAAGUCCUUCAAGGCACCGGCACUGAGCUGUGAGCUGGAUGGGCUGAGCUUUGUGCUGGAGGUCACAUCCGACACCUUCAGCUUCGUGCUGGAGCUGCGGCAGGAGGAAGCAUGCUUGUGCGCGACGCUUCAAGGCAUGCCAUCGACGCCAUUAUGUUUGGUGCCCCCCAAGCGGCCCAUGCCAGUGCUGGGCGGGGAGGUCUCAGGCAGCUGCCUGGCCACCGUGGCGUUCCUGUGCGCCAACCGCGACCUGAGCCGCUCUUGGCACGGAGCCACCGUUCUGGAGCUGGGCGCCGGGCGAGGGCUGCUGGGCUUGGCAGCGGCAGCCCUGGGGGCGCACGGGGAGGUCACGGAUUUGGAGGAGGAGAUUGAAGAGGCUCUACGUCAAAGCAUUGCCAUGACCAGGGAGCGGUCCGAGCGCAGUGGUGCUCAGCUGGAGGCUCGACGCCUGGAUUGGGACGAUGGGCUGACGGAGGCCCUCGAUCGUCUCGAGUCGACCGAGCCUCGGCUGCUGCUGGGCGCGGAGCUGCUUUGGGCGGACGACGCUGUGGACGUGCUCCUGGAGGCUGUCGAGGAGUCCUUCAUCCGACGGCUUCAGCAGGCCGAAGGCACCAGCCUCACGCUGCACCGCUGUGCGGUGGAGACGCGCGGCUCCGACGGAGAAGCGGAAUCGCACGAGGACACCACGGUGCUCGUGUGGGAAAAAAAUAACGCGGAGUGUGCGUGGUGA